AAGCGCACGGCUUUGACAUUCUUCCAUCGAAGGCUUUGGCGCAGCUUCUUCUCCGCUUCCAAAUCACUAGCUUUCUUCCCUGCUUCGACGCUUCUGUAACCCUAGGUUCUUUGCUCCGACAUGGCCGGGAGAGGGAAAGCGAUUGGAUCCGCCACAGCGAAGAAAGCCACGUCGAGGAGCAGCAAGGCCGGGCUCCAGUUCCCCGUCGGAAGGAUCGCCCGGUUCCUCAAGGCCGGGAAGUACGCUGAGCGCGUAGGCGCCGGUGCUCCUGUCUACCUCGCCGCCGUUCUCGAGUACCUCGCCGCGGAGGUUCUGGAGCUCGCCGGAAACGCAGCAAGGGACAAUAAGAAGACCAGGAUCGUUCCGAGGCACAUCCAACUCGCCGUGAGGAACGACGAGGAGCUCUCCAAGCUUUUGGGCGAAGUGACGAUCGCAAGCGGUGGCGUGAUGCCCAACAUUCAUAAUCUUCUACUUCCCAAGAAGACCGGUGCUUCCUCGAAGGCUGCUCCCGGCGACGAUGAUUAAGUGAAAAAAAUCAACCUUUGGCAUAGUUAAUGCGUGUGUUAUUAAUUUCAUUUCUAUCUUCUUGUGGAAUUUUUUACUCUAGUUUUCAUGUAACAUUUCUACUUUUUCGGAUGAAGAAAUUUGUUAUUUUGUCA